GUGUGUAACUUGCACUUUCAUUUUCCAGAAGGUGAUUGCAAAAUAUAACACUUACCACCAAGAGAAACAAAAGAAAAGGAGAGAAAGAGACGACAGGAGACAACAAAUAGAGAGAUAGAGAGAGAACUGUGGAAGCUUUCAACCAAAACCACAGAAGAGAAAACGAUGUCUGAAAGCUUUACAUCAUCCUUUCAUACCCUGCAAAUCUAACAGUGGUGUAUAUAUAUAAAAUAAGGUGUGAAUAACUAUAAGGAGGUGGUGGUAGUUGCUGAGAAAGGAAGAUGAUUUUAACAUGGGAGUAGCAUCACCAGUACCAUUUCCUUCCUCUUCUUCUUAUUCUUCCAUUAUUCAGUUGAAGACACACCAAAACCAAAGAACCUUGGAUUGUUCAACUUCAAAUUCUAUGUCCCAAGAUUAUCAGCAAGCAAUCUUCGGCUUCUCCUCGAAUGGAUUCGAGAGAUCAUCGUCGUCACAACAGCAGCAACAGCAGCAGCAACAGAUCCAAAGGGACAAAGUUAGGCUGCUUCAAGGGUUGAAUUUAUCAGAAGGAGAAGGAGAUGAAAGAGGAGGUGUGUAUGAAACUGCAGGUAUGUUAUCAGAGAUGUUUAAUUUUGCUGAUCCUUCAACAGCUGAAUUGUUAGAAACCGCGACGUUUCGUUCUUCGUCUUCUUCUUCUUCAAGACAACUACCACAAACAACAGCUUCAGAAAAUGAUUGGUAUGGUAAUAAUAACAGACAAGGGAUUCAGCAGCAUCAGCAACAGAUUUCAAGCAUUAAUGUAGCAGAUGAUUCUGCAGCUGCCAUGCAACUUUUUCUCAUGAACCCUUCUCAAUCUCAUCAAACAACAACUUCAUCAUCUUCUCCUCCUCCAACUCAUCAUCAAAAUUCUUCAACUCUUCACAUGUUACUCCCUAACCCUCCUAAUAAUUCCUUACAAGGUUUUCCAAAUUCUGGUAAUUUUGGACAAUUCACAUGGAAUAGUACUACCACUACUCAUCAAGAAGGUGCGGUUGAAGGACAAAGUGUUCAAGGUCUUUCAUUAUCAUUAUCUUCAUCAUUGGAAGCUGCAAAAGCCGAGGAAGAAUUGCGAAUGGGAGGAGGAGGAGGAGAUGGUGGUAGUUUUAUGUAUAAUAAUUACAAUAUUCAAGGUGGAAGUGGAGGACCAUCUUCUUCAACAUAUCCGUACAAAUUAAAUCAUCAACAAGCAUUGAAUUUACAAUUGCAAGGAGGAGGGACCAUUAAUGGAUACCAAUUAUUACAAAGUCAUAAUCAAGGUCAAGGAUAUGGAAGUGUAGUAGUAAAUGUUUUAAGAAAUUCAAAAUAUAUGAAACCUACUCAAGAAUUGCUUCAAGAGUUUUGCAGUGUUGGAAGGGGUCAGUUUAUUAAAAAGACUAAGUUCAAUAGACAAAAUUCAUCAAACCCUAACAAUUGUUCCUCCAAUGUUGGUGAUUCUAUUCCUUCUUCUUCAUCAAAAGACACUCCUCCUCUUCCUUUGUCAGCUGCUGAUAGGAUUGAACAUCAAAGAAGGAAGGUCAAGCUUCUUUCCAUGCUUGAUGAGGUGGACAGGAGAUACAAUCACUAUUGUGAACAAAUGCAAAUGGUAGUGAACUCAUUUGAUGUGAUGAUGGGUUUUGGAGCAGCAGUUCCAUACACAGCACUAGCACAAAAAGCAAUGUCUCGACAUUUUCGGUGUCUAAAGGAUGCAAUAACAACACAAGUGAAGCAAAGUUGUGAGUUACUAGGUGAGAAAGAAGGUGCAGGAGGAGGUUUAACCAAAGGUGAGACCCCUAGGCUUAAGGUACUUGAACAAAGCCUAAGACAACAAAGAGCAUUUCACCAGAUGGGUAUGAUGGAUCAAGAAGCUUGGAGACCACAAAGAGGCUUGCCUGAUCGUUCUGUCAAUGUUUUGAGAGCUUGGCUUUUCGAGCAUUUUCUACACCCGUAUCCAAGUGAUGCAGAUAAGCAUCUAUUGGCACGACAAACUGGGCUAUCACGAAAUCAGGUAUCAAACUGGUUCAUAAAUGCCAGGGUUAGAUUGUGGAAACCUAUGGUAGAAGAGAUGUACCAACAAGAACUUAAUGAAGCAGAGGUUGAAGCAGAAGACAGAGAAAUGAACCAAAGCAAUAGCAACAACAGUGGUCACCAAACACAAACACCACCAACAUCAACAGCAACAGCAACAGAGCCACCACCACCCCAAAAAAGAUCUGAUAUCAAUGCAGCUGAAAACGACCCUUCACUAGUUGCAAUCAAUAGACAGCAAGACUUCUCAGAAAACCAAGCAAUGCAAUCCACAACCACCAUAAACACCACCGUCUCUGAGGUGGUGGUUCCACCCUUUGAUUCAGACCUGCCACCACACAGAUCAAUGGCCAUGGAUGACACGUGUCGAUAUGGAAGCUUAGUUGCAGAAGAUUAUGAAACAGGUUCUGACAUUGGAUCAUCAACUCUUAUUAGGUUUGGGUCCACUACUGGUGACGUGUCACUCACGUUAGGGUUACGCCAUGCUGGCAAUGUGCAUGAUAAAAAUAAUAACUUUCUCUAUUAGAGAUUUUGGAAGCAUUUAAAUUCUUCCAUUAUAGGAAUUUUAAGAUGCUUUAUUAUGUAAUAUGCAGCAUCAAAUUAAAACACAGCAUUUUUUGUACUUUAAUUAAUUAAUAUCCUUCUGUCUUUUAUUUGUGUUGUGUUGUAUCAGGAAUUUUAAGGACAGGAAAGAAGGUAAUACGAUAUGGAAAAAAGGUAGUCUUAUGUUAGCAAUAGUAUAGUAGAUCUUGGUGUCUGGUAUAAGUGUAUAGUAGCAUGUUUAAUUACUAUGAUUUUUGUUUAAUUUC